AUCUUCCCUCUUCGCUGCUUUCCCCGACACACUCAACUUCCGCAGAACCAAAAGACAUGGGAGGUGGCGCUAGAUAUCCAUACCCAAAGCAUGUGUGGUCCCCCUCUGGUGGUUGGUGGAGCCGUCCCGCAAAUUGGCGAGCUAACACGGUCGUAACUUUUGCUGGUAUGUUUGCCAUUGCGUACGGAGUUUGGAGUGUCAGUGCGGACCGUGAGGUCAGACAUAUUCAACCCGACCGACCAAUUCCGUCCAUGAUGUGGGCAAAACAGUAUAAGAACCAGUCUCAGGAGAGCUGAGACGGUGACGGCGGCUGGGAGUGUAUGCUUAAAUAACACGGAUCGUCUUGUCGCAGUCAGUUAUAUCCUUCACACAUAGAUUUUCUGGCACCUCUGCCUGACCCUUUCAAUUUUGCGAUUAUUGGGGACUGCCGAUUGAACUCAGGCUGGCCGUGAGACACCAGAGUGGCGUUGUCUCCGAGAAGUGUAGACUCCUUGCACGUCAGACUGGUUCUUAGACUGGUGACCAGUUCCUCUCUAUCAGAAAUUGUUCAGAAUGCCAUUGUAUUGACCCAUGUUGAAAC